UUUGAAAAUGGGGAUAUUUUAUAUAAAAUUCCGAAUUUCCAGCUUCUUUAAAAAAAAAAAAAAAACAACCCAGGAGAUCUGGCAACACUGGGCUCAUUCCCACAUAGCCAUACCUGGUUGAAGCUGUGUCAAGGCUGCCCCCUGAGAGGGGGUGCGAUCCCUGCCCCCACAGUCCCACCGAUUCCUUGUGUGUCCCUGGCACAGAGGUCAAGGUCUAGCUGCCCCUGUAGCAGCACAGAACUCAUGCUGGCUCUACUUAUACCAGAGGAAUACUUCUUUGUGCUGCCUCCAUCACACACGGGGAAAUGAAAGGAAACAACAAAGGAAGUGGCAGAGCCCCGGCUUUUGAGUUUACAGUCCUGACAAGUAGGACAUCCAUCCAGCAUCUCUCUGCCCUGCCCACCGUGCAGGGGGCCACUGCUCAUCCCUUCCCCAGCUGGCCCCUCCUCUGGGCCUUAAGCCCCUUCUACCCGAGCGGGUCAGGGGCCAGGCCUCUGACAAUCAGGCUACCCCUACCCUCCCUGGUGGUGGGGCUCUCCCUGGGGCUUCUCUGGGGGGGGUCCCCAGUUGCUUUCUCCCUCCUGCUACCACCGACCAGGGUCCUGGCGGGAGGUGGCCAGCUUGGAGGGAAUUCUGUAGGAGCAGCAGCCAUGUCCACGACCCCUGCCUUAGGACAAGAGAAAGGGGGCAAGGAUGCGCCCCCUUCCCUAGGACCAGAAUUCACCAGCAGCCCCGUCUUCCCACCCAAGAAGCCCCCUACUUAUUCCUCCCCCACCUCUUCAAACGGCAGUGCAGAGGCCAAACCAGCAAAGCUGGGUCUUGGUGGAUGCAGCACAAGGGAGAGGUGGGGGCCACCGAGUACAUUUCGGGUAAGUUACAAGGAAUCUCAGCAAGAGACGGGGUUAAGGGAAUGUGUGGCUUUGAGAGAAAGAGACCCAGGAGCUGAGAGGAAGCAGUUCUUGUUCUCAUCAUACAUUUAUUGGGUGCUUACUGUGUGCCAGGAAGUAAGCCAGGUGCUAGAAACAGCAAAGGGGCUAGAAACAGCUACCAGGUCAUCAGUAACACUGUACGGACCCUGGUUAACACAGGGAACAGAGGAACCCUUCGGCACAGCCUCAGGGCCUGGCUGGGUCCUUGGAUGGGGCCUGCCUGGGUCUUCCCAGCAACAGAAAGGGAGGCAAGACCCUAUCCCUCUUCCCCAUCCAGGUAGAGAGGCACACAGACAAGCCCCUACACACUCCUCUAAACACAUUCAUACCUAAUAUGUGAGCAUACACACACACACACACGCACACACACACGCACACGCGCACACAGGCACACACACGCACGCACGCACACACACACGCACACAGGCACAGCCAGGCAGUUUUACAAGGAGGUGGCAUGGAGAUGCUAUCUACAUGCCGUGAUCUGAGCGCCCCAACAUAAAUCCGUCAGAGUGCCUGCAUAUUUACCAUUGAGAGAUUACCUUGAGAAGCUUUUUGGCCAAGUCUCUUACCAAAAAUGUGAAAAACACAAAAGUGAACAAGGAGAUUUCUUAAGGCUUUUUGCUUAGAGAGGGCUUCUGAGAGGGGCAGGGGCAGCGGAAACAGACCCCACUUCCUGUCUUGGCUACAAGUCUGUCCUGGCCAGAGCUGCCCAAAGUAGGUGUCCUAUUAAACUGGUGGGGGUAGAGGAGUGGGGGUGCCCUCAUUUCCUGUGCUAUCUGCACUCUUCCAGGGUCAUACAAAUACUGCUGCCCCUCGUUAGGUGCCUAUGACGUGCUAGGUAUACUACUGUGCAAACGCUUUAUGUCCGUGUUCACCGAGCCUCGGAGUGAGGGUAUUAUCUCCACUUUAAAGAGAAGGAAACGGAAGCUCAAGACUAGCCUAGGGUCACGGAUGUCGUGUGGUGGGGCACGGGGAGAUGGAGUCUCACGCUGGGAAGGGAGGGGGCGGGAGCUGCCAAGGGUCCCAGUGACUGACUUCAGAGCCCGGGACAUGCUGCCUGGAGACCGAGGAACACAGGUGGCAGUUCCAUGCUGGCGGGCCACCCCAUGGGGACGCUGCUUCCCCUUCAUGGCAUUCGGGCAGCUCCAUCCUCACUCCAGGGUUGGGGUGAGUUAGCACAUAGGGGCAAACUCAUAGCUCACAGAGCCUGUCUGCUCAUCCUGCCCCCCAACCCCAGGGAGGUUAUGAAAAACCAACCCCCUGACUUUGGGGGUCCUGGGCUCCUCCUCCUCAUAAUCCCACAAUCUAUUUUGGGGGGAAAUGGGCUGUCACCCUUGAAUUGAGCCCAUGAGAACUUCUCAUAUUACCCUCCAGAGGGCGCUAUUGCUGAAACAGCCCCCAAGCUCAAUCCUGUUGAGACUUCUCAGAGCUCCCUGGCAGAGCCCCUCACCCUAGGGUGCCCGCAGCUGACCCCUCCUCUCAUCACAGCCUGACCCCACCACCCAUCAUCCACUCCAGCUGCAUAUCUGCUCAAAUUCUGCUCCCAAGCUGAUAUUCAAGUACGUUGAAAACUUCACUGAGCUGAAUGCUUCUGCUGCUGUCUGAGGCAGUCCUGCACAUGUACCCCGAUUACUGGAUGUCCCCCCAUUUUCAGGUCCCUUGGGGUCCAGGGCCAGGAUGAGGAGAGAUGUUAGCGGAGGUUGUUUGGAGCAGGUUGAUACUGGGUACAAGAAGGGAAAGGAGAUGGAGCAAAACAGAACGGCACCUGCAACCCUGGCCUUCAGGAGGGUUGGGACCUUCCCCAGCACAGAUCCAGGCAGCAGGAGCUGCAGACAGAGGCCAGGAGGUCUGGGGGAGGCCAACAAAGGAACAGCUCGACCUGAGUCUAAGGGGACUAGAGAGGAGAGGGGUUCCUGACAAUACUUCUGACACUGGCCCUGCCCCUUCCUCACUCUGAUUGAAGCCACUGGCCUGGCAUCACUUCCUGCUCCUCCCCACCAGGAGCUUGAGGACAAAGGGAAGAUGGAGGGCCAUGGCCACUUGGUGCUCCCUGCCUUUGAUCAGCCCGUGGUCCUUUUCUCAGUCCAGGGCACUCCUCUCAAGGAGAAGAGACCUUCACUUCAGGCUUGGGGUGACCAGAGAAUUGCUCCCUCAAGAACCCAUCUGCCUCCAGGGCCAAGAUGACUCUGCUGAGUAGAAGUCAUCCCACACUCAGAGGACUCUCUCGACUCUAAUAAGUGGGGCCUGGGUUUGCUUCCCUUGCUCCAACUGCUGCCUUUCAGCUCCCAAAGCCUGGUGGCCCUGGGGCUAUGCUCCAAGAGGAAUGCCCUGGCCUAGCGGGCUUUCUUUGGUCACUCCAAUGAUGUUAAGGCCCAUAAGCAAGUCCUGGCUCUAAUCUUGUACAAAUCACUCCACCUCCCUGGGCCUCAGUUUUUUAAAACUGUAAAACAGAAAUAAGAUCCAUUUAACUCUUGCAUGAUUCAGUGAUGAUAACCCAUCACUUCUGUACAGUCAGAGUAGAAUGACUGGCAGGUGCGCGUGCAGGUGGUGGCCGACCCAUCUGGUACCCUGCUCCCAUUUCAUACCUCCAAUCCCUAUGCACUGCUGGCCCUACACUGAUUUGCACCCUGAACUCUUUUGUCAAUGCCUCCUUCUUCCCGCAAAGUGCCCACACCCUGCGGGUGAGUGGGAGAGAGGCAGCAGCCCCUACUUUGGAUGCUCCGGGGACAGCACAGGUCUUGUCUGUAGCCUCAUGUUUUCCCAGCUGGAGGGGCCCUUGCUAAUCCACAUUUCCCCAAACUGUACUCCUCUGUCAGUGGAUCUCAAACUUUGGGGAGGCACCAGAAUCACCAGGUGGGGCUUAGCAAAAUCUAGGCUCCAGAGUCCCUCUACGUCAAAGGCAAGACCUGGAGUUUUCACAUGUUCAACGAACACCAAGGGGCUCCAUUGGGCCACACAUGGAGGACGGCUCUCGGACUGUUAAAGCCACGCCUCCCCACGCAGCGUACCACCCUCCCUCCUGGAGGGCCACAGGGUCCAUGAGCAUGCCAAAGAGCGCUGCAAGUGCUUGCUGCAAAGAAACAUGCCAGACUUGAACUCAGCAUUCCCCAAAUUUGACUACAAAACUUUUAAAAAUUUAGCAUAACCAUUAAACCUCACAUAACUAGUGUUCUGAGGAAAGUUUUGGGAAAUGUUGAUCUUGUUCUCUUUUUUAAAAACAUGCUUAAAAAAUUUA